AAAAUGCCGCCAUUCCUAAAAAUUCUUUCUGUACUGUACCCGAAUCCAUCAUUCGUAGACACAGAACCAGGAAAAACUGCUUAUCGCGCACCUUAUAGACUUCCCCUUCGAAUUCAACCAAUUAUGCAAGAAUGCAUUGAGAUAAUGUGACAACGGAUGCAAGAGUCUCUCAGCUCUUUCAAUCAAAAGGACCUACAGUAGAAAAUGUUCAUAGCUUGAAAGUAGGAGCACAGAUCAUCUUGGGUAUUGUUUUUCUCCACGUAAUGGGAAUAGAAAUUGUAUGUAUUAAACUCUUUUUGAUAGAAAUAAGUGAUGGUGAUAAUGAGCAUGAGGGUGAUGACAGUCCGGAUUCCAGUGAAGAAGAAAUGACGGAUUCCAGUGAAGAAGAAAUGACAGGCGAAUCCGAAUACCAAGAGAGAGAGAGCACUCCAAGCACAGAGUCCAGCCAAGAAACUAUUAUGAUUAAACCUCAGAAGACAGCUAAAGAUUAUCUAGUUUCUACGAACGCAAAUGAUGUGAUAGACUUGGCAAACAUCAAUAACAAGUGGACUCUAAAAGGUGGAUACAAUCUGUCUACUUCUUUCUUAAAGAGAAGAAACGAACUUGUAAACAAAUGUACUGAUUGCAGUACCCUAUUGGAACCCGAUGAAGAGCUCUCCGUCAAUGGUAUAAUGCUUUUGGACGAUGAUGUUGAUUCAAACAUGAUUCGAUUUGAUUAUUAUGAAGAAGCUUGUGCGGAAGUUAAGGAGACGUACCUGCGAUACAAAACCGAAGAAGUGAAAUCCCAUGCCGAGGGCAUGUUCCAAUUUACCAAGGCUUUUGAAGGAUCGACGCCAUUGAAAGGUUGUAAUGCUGUCAGUUAAUAUGCUUUACAUAGUUGAUUGCCGACGGAGCUUUUGAUGAAGCUGAAGAUACACUAAAUGUAUCAGACUUACCCAACCACGUC